UCUGUAUUCAGGAGCUGAGACAGCCUUAGUUUGGAGUGAACUUGUAUUUUCUGCUGAAUCUUGUUUACUGGGACAUCAUUUUUAGAGACUGGUGCUUGCUGCCAUAUCUCAUCUAAAGAUGCUGCGCCUGAAGUGGAUAUUUGCAACAGUGUUCUGUUUUGGCUUCUGUGUAUUAUUGUUAAAUCUACAGGAUUUCUGUACAAUUUGUCGAAAAAUAUUUUAUUCACCUUCCCUGAGAUCUGCUACAGUGAGGGAGACGUUCCAGUUGCGCCCCAAGGUACAGUGCGAGAGGAAUCCCCCAUUCUUGGUGUUGUUGGUGACCACAAACCACAGCCAAAAGGAGGAACGGAACGUUAUCCGGCAGACUUGGGGCAAGGAAAGACUAAUUGGGGAUAAACUUGUUUCCACCUAUUUCCUUCUGGGCGCCGGCACAAACCCACGCCUGCAAGAGGAACUCAUUGAAGAAAGCAACACUUACAAUGACAUUAUUCAGAGAGACUUCAUAGACUCAUAUUACAAUCUGACCCUCAAAACCAUAAUGGGGAUCGAAUGGAUUUGCACUCAUUGCCCACAAACUACAUUUGUGAUGAAAACAGACACAGAUAUGUUUGUUAAUCCAUUGUACCUCGUGGAGCUGCUUGUAAAGAAAAAUCAGACAACCGACCUCUUUACUGGUUCCCUCAGACUGCACGAUGCACCCAUACGGGAUAUAAACAGCAAGUGGUACAUAAGCACAGCAGAAUACCCACAGGCUAAAUACCCGCCAUUUUGCUCAGGGACUGGAUACGUCUUUUCUGUAGAUGUUGCACAAAGGAUCCAGAAUGUCUCCAGCACAGUCCCAUUUUUCAAACUGGAGGAUGUCUAUGUAGGGAUGUGUCUGGAGAAGCUGGAAAUCAACUUGCAGAAUCUUCAUACCGAGACCACGUUUUACGCAUAUAAAAAGCCUUUCACUGUCUGUAACUAUCGGAAACUGGUCACUUCGCAUGGCGUCCAACCAGGUGAAAUUUACCUUUUCUGGGAAGCCCUACGAAGAUCAAGAGAUGAACAGUGCUGAAAGGACGGAACCUUCAUUGCUCUGUUUUAUCAAAUGGGAAACAA